UGAAAAACUAAACUAACCUUUUCAGACAAAUAAAGUAAACGUGCACGUAUGGUUAUGUUGGACCUCGUCUAUUUUUAACUAAAAUUAGUAAGUUUAUGAUUUUAAUCAGACUUUAUUUACAUUAAAAGAAAGUUGUGCAUUGCAUAUUAGACUUCUAUUAUGGCUGACAUCAAUAACGAUUUUGAUACCCGGAAACUCAAUCUGAAACGACGUGCUCCCCAUGACAAGGAAAUGGAAGUUGACCCGACCACAGGAAUUGAAGGUAAAAAAGUUGAUUUGGCUCCAGUAUCCAAGAAGAGUAAACGCCAUGGAGUUGAAAUGCGCAAAGUUCCUGUACCUUCUCAUCGUUACACACCACUGAAAGAAAACUGGAUGAAAAUAUUCUCACCCGUUGUUGAACACCUGAAACUUCAAAUUCGCUUCAACUUGAAAUCUAGGAAUGUUGAAAUACGCAGCAGCCCUGAUUCAGAAGACGUAAGUAACGUUCAAAAAGCAGCAGAUUUUGUUAGAGCUUUUAUUUACGGAUUUGAAGUUGAAGAUGCAUUAGCUCUUUUGAGAUUGGACAAUCUGUUUGUGGAAACCUUUGAAAUCAAAGACGUUAAAACAUUAAGAGGGGAUCACUUGUCUCGAGCUAUUGGUCGCCUUGCUGGAAAAGGAGGAAGAACAAAAUUCACAAUUGAGAACAUCACCAAAACAAGAAUCGUGUUAGCAGACUCAAAAAUUCAUAUUUUGGGAUCUUAUCAGAAUAUUCAAAUAGCAAUGAGAGCUGUGUGUAAUUUGAUAUUGGGUAGUCCUCCCUCAAAAGUUUAUGGCCAAUUGAGAAAUGUAGCUAAUAGAAUGUCAGAACGGAUCUAAUAAAGUAGAUAUUUAAUAGUAUA